AUCUUCGCCAGAAUAGCACUGAAAUCGUAGUCUGGGCUGAUGGGUUGUGUAUUGACCAGCGAAACAUCCGCGAGCGCAAUCAUCAAGUGCUACAUAUGCGCAAGAUAUACCAAAGAGCUAGUGCGACAGUUGUCUAUCUCGGUGACGAAAUAGGUUACACGUCACUUUCAGCAUGGAACUUUUUGGAACGGAUCGCUGCCAAGGAAAGCGACAAGGGCAAGCACAACGCACUACAUUUCAGGGGAGAUUUGGGUGACGUCGAAAAUGACGUGCUCACCCGGCCUUGGUAAGUGUCAUACUACAUCCAGUCCUGAGGCUGACGAGUUUGAAAGGUUCCGAAGGGUCUGGGUCGUUCAAGAAAUCGCCGUCUCGGCAAAUAUCACCAUGCAAUGUGGUCAACGCUUCAUGUCCUGGGAUGAUUUUUGCAAGGUCAUACUUCUGGAACCGAGAGUCAACGACAGGUAUGGACUCAGCUUGGAGAACAAGCAGUUGUACGAGAAUGUGACGGAAUUGUUCUUGACUAGAUGCGCUUUUCUUAGUUCAUGCGGACUUGAACAUCUUCUUCCUUUGUGGCACAAUGCCAUUGGAUACCAAGAAACACGUGGAACCUAUGUUCUUGACAUGGUGGCACGGUCGCGACGCCUGGAAGCAACCGAUCCAAGAGACAAGAUUUUUGCACUCCUUGGAAUUUCUUCAGGCGUCGACCCGGAUGAUUCGAGAAUCGCGGUGGACUACUCGAAAUCCUUAAGCCAGGUAUAUGAGGACUUUGCACGCUACACAAUUGAUGCGGGGCGAAGCUUCGAUGUUCUCAGCUACGCUGUUGCAAGCCUUGAGUGGGACUGGCCCACUUGGGUACCAGACUGGCGCCAAACGAUGCCUACUUCACGAAACAUCUUAAGCUGCAUUCCUCUCUACGCAGGAGGAGGACAAGGCAGGCAACAUGAAUCAUCUGAGAUGAACGACCGCUGGUUGAAAGAUGAAGACCAUCUUCAAUGUUCCGGGAUAAUCAUUGGACAGGUACACGAAGUCUCUCCGACGCUCCAGCUUCACGGUAACGACGAGCUUGCUUUCGAGCAAAUUCGACGAGAGUGUGGUGCAGAUACCGAAAAGAUGAACACUCGAAUACUGGAACGGUGGAAGACAUAUCCAUGGAAAUUUGAAUCGUGGGAAAGAGAUCAGACCAUGCGAAAGAAUGCUUCGAGCUCCAAAUUCCAGCCCACUCCUUGGGAUGAUUUGCCGCUAAAUAUACAUGCUAAGUCAAUGUCUCUGCGUGAUCGGAAGCCUCUCAGUCUGUCAAUUAGAGAGAAACUGACCUGGCCCGUUGGCUUAUGUGAACAGCCAGUGUCGACCAAGUCGAACGAAGGGAAAAGCAACCUCUCGUACCACCCAUCACGCUCAAGAGUAGUGUUGGAGCACUUGAUUCAGAGAUCUCGUCAGACUCUCGUUUGGACAGAUGAUGAAAGCAUGGCUGUCGAAACUGUGCUCGAUAGAUCUUCUGUCAUCGACAAUCGGCGGCUGGGCCUGAUGUUGAAACAGGGCAUUACCAUUCCUGAGCCGGAACGGAUCAUUUUCAAGCCAACCACGUCCUCUUCAUCCACGAAAGAAGACAAAUCUCUCUCACCAUGGCCAUGGCGCUUCGCAGGCCCCAGACGUCUGAGACAAAGAUUUUCCAAGAGCCGCGGUCCACAGGUGCGGGCAACCCGCGGGUAUAUACUAGCGUCACACGAUUCUUCUCCGCAGCACCGGCAUCUGUAUACUCUGAUGCUACUUCCACCAGCUGCGAAAGUAGGCGACUAUGUAGUCUCUCUGGUCGGGGCGCGGGUCCCCUUUGUAAUACGACCAUUACCUUCUGCAAACGAUUCCGGGCCUACAAAGAGCUGUUUGGUUGGUGAGUGUCUUGUUGAGGACGACGAUAUCGUGGGUUUAGGCUCGCCACGAGAUACUCUUGUUUCCCCUCCGUCUCGUCCCUUGCAUAGUUUUGCACUCGGGGCGUUCUUCUCGCCUGCUGACGAGGAGCGAUUAUACAUUGAUAACGACUUGAAGAAGCUGGUUUGAAAAUGCCCUUGCCCCUGCGGUCAUUGCAUCUCGGUACAAUAUAAACCUUGUUUGAACCAUUGCAGUACCUUCCGCUCACAUCUUUGAAAGAUGCCUGAGUCCCAUACCACCACCAAGUAUUCAUCUGGUCAGUGACCGUUGAUACAAAUGAAUAACUAUACAAGUAUUCUUAGAUUGUUAGCUAGGGGGAACACCUUGUCGUUAUCACGCUUGUGCACUUGGCAACUUCACCUCUUGCAACAACGCUCUCUCCUAGUCGAUCUGUACAGGCCUGGACCGCACGCGUGUUUGCACCAUGACGCGGUAAACUUCUAAAACGGACUGACUAUAGAUCUAUCGCACCACAAUGUCCGCGCCCACAGACAGACGUCCACACAAAGAGAGAUAAAUGGGCAGAACACACAAUCCUUGCGUGCGAA